AUGAGUCAAUAUUUGAAUGAUCUGAGGCCAACUAAGAAGAAGUCUAGGUGUUCGAAAAGGCAGUCACCUGUAACAAUAUUGAAUGCUGAUGUAUCGAAUUUUCGAGCUUUGGUGCAGCAGCUAACAGGCCGCCCUAGCGAGCCUACUAGGCUCAGGGCGAAGAAAGGUCCGCUUACCAUUAAUUUCAGGCAAGCAAAAGAGGUUGAUGAUCCAAGAGUUAUGUUUCCGUUCGGGUUCAAUAGUAGCAAGUACCAUCAGCAGCCUAUACAUGUUCAUCAUAAGCAAGAAGGUUUUUCCGAACGUCGUGUAGGUGAUCAUGUGAUGUUGUUGAGCAAUGAGCGAAGCAGUCAGACAUCAAUUUCAACAGUUAUUGAUCAACCUAGGAUGAAUAUGGAGGAGUUUGAUGAUAUCGAUAUCGAUAUCGAUGUCGAUAAGUGUUUAGAAGAGCUAGCUAGCAUAGAAGGGAGUGGCUACCACCACCAAUGUUGA